UCUUUAUAAAACAUUUCCUUAGAUUUCAAUCCCUCACCGUCUCUUUUGAUUAGAAGAAUCGUGAAAGGGCGUGACGGCGUGAUUCGUGUAUGAUAGACCGCCCAUCGGUUUAUUUGUUACUAUAAUUUUUGUUUCCUUGAGCAACUAAAAUAAUUUCUAUGAAAAUUAUAAUUUAAAAAUCAUUUUAAUAUACUAUAUAACUUUAAAUUAAGAGAAAGGAGUGGCAAAAGACAUAAUAACAGUUGUCAGCUGAGUUUUGUUGUAUAGUUUUAAGGAUUAUUUGUCUCAACUAUCACGAGUCAAUAAAUACAAGACCAAACCAAAUGGUCUUCUUGAUCGAGAAAGAAGUUUCUUGGUGAUGAAGUCGAACGUGUUCGACGGAGCUCCUCCGGAUUAUUCGUCCAUAUCCGUCGCCGUUAAAGGAUCCAUCGGCGACACCGUUGGAGGAGCUGCUAGCCGUCGUGCUGUUCGUUGGGCCGUCGACAAUCUCCUUCCCCAUAUUGAUCGGUUAGUUCUAGUUCACGUCAUGCCUACCGUCACCACUAUUCCAUCUCCUUCUGGAUCGAAGAUUCCAGUGGAGGACUUGGAAGAGAGUGUUGUGUCCAUGUACAAACAAGAUUUGAGAAAAGAAUUCGAAGAGGUCUUUGUGCCAUUUAAUAAGAUCUGCGGAUCAAUCAAAGCUGAGACUCUAUUGCUGGAAAAUGAUGAUCCUGCAAAGGCGCUUUUGAAGUACGUAUCAGACAGUGAGGUUGAGUGUUUAGUAAUUGGCUCAUGCUCUCCAAGUUUCCUCACAAGACAAGAAAGACGUUUUGGCAAGAAAAAAGGACAAGAAAUGCCAUUGAUGGUACUAGGAGAAGCUCCAGAAACAUGUGAAGUAUAUGUUAUUGCCAAAGAUCGAGUACUGACCAAAUCAACCAAUCAGUUAUCUCCAGUGAAACUCUCAUCAGAGUCAUUAUAUAGUUUCCGUACACCCAAAAGAGGAGAAGCUCAUACAGAUCCAUUCAACCGUACAUGCUCGGAUAAGACAGGCUUAGCUGCUUCAUACAUGUCACCAUCACCAGCCCGGAAUCAGAUUCGAAGGCCCGUUUCUUUGCCGCCUAGUCAUCAAGCCUCUCGAGUGUUUUCUCCUGCACAGGCUUCAACUGGUAUCCGUUUGGGCCAUGACGAACGAGUCCGCUCUAUACUUGGACAUAAUAUUGUUUCCAGUAGUAACAUGCAGUUGAAUCCUGGAGCAAACAUGAAUACACCCAAGUGGCAGUCAAAUGUUAUGUAUGAGGUAGAACAGCUAAGAAAACAAGUACAAACCACUCUUUGCAUGUACAAGCAAGCUUGUGAAGAGCUAGUUCAUAAACAAACACAGGUGCAGUCUCUUUCCUAUGAAUGUAUCAAAGACACCAAAAGGGUCAUAUCAGCUCUGGAAAAGGAAGAAAUGCUGAGAAAAGAGGCAGAAGAAGAGAAACAAAAGCAUCUAAAAGCCGUGAAAGAGAUCGAAGAAGCAAAAACAGUGCUAGCAAAAGAGUUCUGCGAUAGGAAACUAGCCGAACUAAAUGCACUCCAGCAGGCCUUAAAGAAACAGCAAGUCAUGGACCAGCUCUUAUUGAGUGACAGUCGAUACAGAAAGUACACGAAAGAAGAGAUAGUUGCAGCUACAGAUAACUUCUCUUUGAGUAAAAUAAUAGGCGAAGGAGGAUACGGGAAAGUAUACAAAUGCAGCCUUGAUCACACUCCAGUAGCACUUAAGGUUCGCAGACCUGACACAAUCGAGAAGAAACAAGAAUUCUUAAGAGAGAUCUCUGUCUUAAGCCAGCUUAGACAUCCUCAUGUGGUUCUUCUCCUCGGUGCUUGUCCUGAUAACGGUUGCCUUGUUUAUGAGUACAUGGACAACGGUAGCUUAGAUGCUCACAUCUCUCGCAAGAAAGGUAAACCAUCUCUCCCAUGGUUCAUCAGAUUCAAAAUCAUCUACGAAACUGCUUGUGGGUUAGCAUUCCUCCACAACUCAAAACCAGAGCCCAUCGUCCACCGUGAUCUCAAACCAGGCAACAUUCUCUUAGACAAAAACUUCGUUAGCAAAAUAGGCGACGUUGGACUCGCCAAACUCAUAUCAGAGGAGGCACCAGAGAGUGUCACGGUUUAUCGAAACUCGACAAUCGUCGGUACACUCUACUACCUAGACCCUGAGUACCAAAGAACCGGCACAUUCAGACCGAAAUCAGAUCUUUACGCUUUUGGAAUCAUAGUUCUUCAGCUUUUAACCGCUAGACAUCCCAACGGUCUUCUUUUCUGUGCCGAGGACGCGGUGAAGAGAGGCUGUUUUGGUGAUAUGUUAGAUGGAUCAGUCAGAGAAUGGCCCCUGGCUGAAGCUGAAGAACUAGCUCGUAUAGCAAUACAGUGUUCGCAGCUCAAAUGCAGAGACAGACCGGAUCUUGAUACACAAGUCUUGCCUGCGCUCAAACGGAUUCUUGAAUCUGCUAAGAGUAAACUCAAGACUGAACAAGCUAAAGCACGACCACCAAGUCAUUAUUACUGUCCAAUUCUUAAGGAAAUAAUGGAAGAUCCACAAAUAGCAGCAGAUGGAUUCACGUACGAAGGAAAAGCGAUAAAAGCUUGGAUUCAGAACAAUCAAAAUGUGUCUCCCGUGACUAAAAAUCGGCUCAGACAUUGCGAUCUCGCACCUAACCAUACUCUCAAAUCGGCUAUACAAGAGUGGCGAUCUCGUUCAGGCUUAGACCUCUCCACUACUCUUGGCUCCUCUUGAUCACAUAUAUAUAUAUGCAUUUAAUAAUCUAAUUUGUAUAUACUAAAUACCCUGAACUUGUUUAAAUCGGGUGUGGUGUAUGAUUCUCGUUCCAUAAGGUUUAUUUUCGGAAGAAGACAAGAGGAGCAAAGACUAUUAAGAGAGCAUAGGUUUUGUUUUAUAUAUAAGAUUUUAUGUAUUGCGUUUUGAGGUUUUAUGCUGAAUGUUGUAAAUCUGUGGUGUCUUCAUGAGACCUUCAGUACGAUCGUUAUGAGAUCGUAACUCUUUUAGCAUCAUUUUUGUUAUGGAUCUUCGUUUUCAUUAUUGGAGUGGAAUUUCAGUUA